AUGACAAAAAGAAAGGCUGAAAAGCAGCAAAGUACUGCCCCGCUUAGUGCCUUUGCGGCGCGCAAAGCGAGGCAGCAACAGGCGCAAAAUGUAACAGCAACGAAAGCUGAGGCACCGGUUGAAGCGGUUGCGGAACCCCCUUCGAAACGUCCGCGGACAUCCUCCGAGGGCGAAGAACAAAGCAAUGCGAAUGAUACAGAGUCUCCGAGUCGCAAUACCAGGUCUAAGACGCAGCAAGUGUCAUCGCCAUUAGCGACAACCGUAGUGCAGCCAAAGAAAGCAACACGCUCCCAAGUUGCAGAGUCACAACCAGAAGAGUCAAAUGAAAAAGAAGAGACUCAAUUGGAAAGUCUAGAGAAUGAUGCCUCCGAAGGUCUGGAUCAGAUGAAUGAGGAUGAGGUCGCGUCGGUGGUGGGUGAUGCCGACGGUUAUGAGUCGCCGGCGGAGACACCAGCAGAACUGCAGAAUUUCCCUUUGUCCAAAGCUCGACUGAACAAAAAUAAUAUCGUAUAUGCGGAUGAUAAUACUCUUUGCAUUCGCAUUAAAGAGAAGAUGAAUUUGGCUUUGAUGGGCCAGUAUGAUCUUUGGGUGAAACGUGGAGUCGUCAGUCUUAUGGGCGCAAAGCUACACCCUUCCCAGCGAGUGUAUAGAGUUUAUGCUCCAUCGACCCACUCCUUGCCCAUUAUCAAGUGUGUCUCUGGUGUUGAUGGCGAGGCUGAAGUGGAGAUUAAGUCCUGCAAUAACGGUCUUUCUCGCCUUCGAGACUUGUCUCCUUUGUACCAAAAGAUUUGGAAUGGAGAAAAUACCGCCGCGGAUAAACUCACGCUGAAGGGUGCUUUUAAGGAUUCGCGGCGAUCCUUUUCAGUGCUCUAUACCUCAUCAGAUGACCAUUUAAAUCGUCAUUUGCGACCCCUCCACCUUGAUAAGAAAUGGAGUGCAUCUAUGAGAGCUCUUUCCCAGAGACAAGGUCGCCUCCGAGUGUUAGUCUGCGGCCCAAAGGCCUCCGGAAAGUCCACCUUCAGUCGCUAUCUCCUCAACCACGUUCUCAGCCCUGCCCCAGAAACAGAAAACGGCUUCAUCAACACCGACGGAGUGGCUUUCCUUGAUUUAGACCCAGGGCAGCCUGAAUUUGGCCCUAUGGGCCAAGUUUCUCUUGCACACCUUCGAUCUCCGUUUUUUGGCCCUCCAUUCACUCACUCAUCAUUGCAUGAUUCGCGCGACGGCAAAAUAUUGCGUUCCCAUUUUAUUGGAGCAACAUCGCCCAAAGAGGAUCCCGACCACUAUGCUCUGGCUACAAUGGAUCUAUUAGAACAGUAUCAGACAUUACUUGCACAGUACCCUCAAUGCCCAUUAAUAGUCAACUACCCAGGUUGGAUUUUUGGGCAAGGCUUAGAGGUGGCAACGUGGCUGGUCAAGUACCUUGGCCUCUCCGAUGUUGUUUAUAUGAGUGAGAAGGGCCCAACGGAGGUUGUUGAGCCUUUAGCCUUUGCAGCAAAUGACGCUCGGGUCCCGAUGACCAUCCUACCCUCCCAACCAACCGAUUUCGUGAGCCGGUCAAGUGCUCAACUGCGCUCGAUGCAAAUUCAGUCUUAUUUCCAUGCGUCGCAUUCCACAAGUAUCACCAAUCCACUAUGGUCUGAUAUUCCUUUAUCCCGUACAAGGCCAAUUGGUGUGAACUAUGACGGCGCGAAACAGGGAAUUCUGGGAAUCAUGGCUUUAGGUUCUCAGAUCAACCCAGUCAUGCUUCGUCAAAUCCUGGAAGGGGCUAUCGUCGGUGUCGUGGCCAUUGAAUCCCGCAGCGCAAUCACAGGUGUCUCGGAUGAUUCUAGUGGAGAGAAAUCAUCGGGUGCGGAAGAUGAAACCAACUCGAAUGCAGAUGAAAUGGACAUGGACUCGGAGGAGCCCGAUAUGAAGACAUCCUCUGCAUUUUCCAUUGAUGAUAGCAUCAUCAGAACAUCAGAAGGUCUCCCUUACCUUUUCACUGGCUCUGGGAGCUGCACUCCCUUAAGCCCCAGGGCUUCUAAUUGUCUUGGUCUCGCACUCGUUCGUUCAGUGGAUGUCAUUUCGAAGAAAAUUGAACUUUCCACACCCAUCCCGUCAUCGCGUAUUCGCGAAUCCAUUGAGCAAGGACAUGAACUUGUGCUCGUUCGGGGCCAGUUGGAUAACCCCAACUGGGCUAUUAGUGAAGAAUACUACUCGGCCCGAGCUGCAGAGCGACGAUACCAGCAGUCGUGUACUCGCUUCAAAAAGAGUGGUGGAUCUACUGAUGACCAAGCUCAACGUGAACAGACACUUGCUUUGCUCAGAGAUAGAACACGACGUGCAAGCCAAGUGCCUUGGAUGACUGUUGUAGAGGAUAACAGCAAACUUCAACGUGAAUCGGCUGCUCGACGGGAAAAGUCGCUUUGGAAGCUAAGAAAGAAGGCUUAUCCAGGAAGUGAAAGCGAGACAGAUUGGUAG